UAUCAGAUUCUUAUUCUGUGUGUUCGGCUUCUCAGUUUCCUUGGCAUUGUGGUGGUGUUGUUGGCUUGAAGCGGCUCUUAGCCGUCUUCAGCUGGCGCUGAUACCUGCAGUGAGUCAUGCAGCGCGGAGUGUCUCAAGGGUGGUUGUGCUUGCGUGGGGUGUGGUAAAGUGCGGGAAUCAUAUCAGGUCGUUUGGGAAUUUUCGUAUAGUUUUUUUCUGAAAGGUGGUUGUUGUCGUAUGCGGGUGGGUUUCGGAGAGGAAGGCGCAUUAAAGGGGCGUGUGGUUUUUGUUCUCUCGAAAUGUUUUAAGCAGCAAGUUUCUCUUUGUUGAUGAGUUUCCAACCUCGGAGUGGGGGACUUCAAGGAGAAGGUCGUUACUGUAUGUUGUGCACAGUUUGUAUGGAUGUCUAAGUGGGUUUGAAAGAAUGAGGAGCUGCCUCUUCUGACGAGUCCACAACUGUACCGUCACUGGCACGUCCCCAUUACCAUCGCCGAAUCAACCAUGGUGGCGAAGGAGGCCUUCCUGGCCGAAUGGCCAUGGGAGAGGCUUGGUCACUUCAAGUACUUGGUGUACGCGCCUUUCGUGGGGCGGCUCUUGCAGACGAUCAUUUACGGAACUGGUCUGGAACCUGACAACUGGGCCAUGCACAUGUUCUUCUUGAUGGUUGCUCGCUACUUCCACCAGCAGCUCUGGGUUAGUGCUUCUCGCGUUCCCUGGUUAACGGAAAAGUUUGUGGUCGACGAACGUCAAUCUGGAUACGAGCAAGUCGAUCGCGAGUAUCACUCAGACAAUCACCUCAUGCUUCAGUUAAUCUUCAUCUCAGUGGCACAUAGCUGGUUUCCAGGCUUUAGCAAUGUGGUUGCUUGGAAUACUCAGGGCUUCUUGUACGUGUUGCUUUUCCAUGUCGGUGUGGUGGAGGUUCUUUACUACUGGAUACACCGAGCAUUCCACACGGAAGUUUUAUUUCGAAACUACCAUUUCUAUCAUCAUAUGUCCGUCGUUCCAGAGCCGCCAACAGGGUCAAUAACGACGAUGCUAGAGCAAAUCCUGCAGUCUCUGUUAGUAUGUGUGCCCUUGCUGGGCGCUGCAGCGCUUGGGGGCGGUUCCAUGGCCAUGAUUUACAUCUACCUCAUUGCGUUCGACUUCUUCAAGUGCUGGGGCCACUCCAAUUUUGAAUUUGUGCCUGAAUGGUUUAGAGGGUUUCCUGGUGUCAAGUAUCUGCUCUACACACCGUCGUACCACUCGCUGCAUCAUUUGGAACAAAAUUCCAACUUCUGUCUCUUCAUGCCGCUAUUUGAUUACCUAGGUGGCACUGUGGAUCCCAAGACUGAGUCUCUGUAUGCGGAGCUAAGAAAAGGGAGACUCCUGAAGGUACCAGAUUUUGUGUUCCUUGCGCACUGCAUCGAUGUGCUGUCCUCGCUCCAAGUUUCAUUUUGUUGUCGCACGAUGGCGGCGCACCCCUACAAGUGCCACUGGUUUAUCUGGUGGACAUGGCCCAUCACCGUAUUUUUCUUGAUGAUUUUCUGGUAUUGGGGCCAAACCUUCACUGCCAUGACCAUUUAUGUCAACAAGCUCAAGUGCACGUCAUGGGUGAUCCCCAAACAUGGCUUCCAGUUCUUUUUGCCAUUUGGACUGGACAGCAUCAACAAACACAUCGAGAAGGCCAUUCUUGAGGCAGACAAACAAGGAGUGAAGGUUAUCAGCCUCGCAGCACUCAACAAGAAUGAGGCGCUCAACGGUGGAGGCUUGCUAUUCGUAAAGAAGCACCCAAACUUAAAGGUGCGAGUGGUGCAUGGGAACACCCUUACAGCUGCCGUGAUCAUCAAGACGUUGCCUCCAGAUGUGAAGGAAGUGUUCAUGACUGGGGCUACUUCCAAGCUCGGUCGUGCCAUUGCUCUCUACCUUUGUGCUCGCGGCAUUCGCGUUCUGAUGUUGACCACCUCAACGGAACGGUUUGAUGCUAUUCAAAGAGAGGCUCCCGCUGAUUGCAGAAAUAAUCUCAUUCAUGUAACCAAAUAUCAGGCUGGAAAGAACUGCAAGACAUGGAUUGUUGGGAAGUGGACGUUCGCCAAGGACCAACAGUGGGCUCCUCCGGGAACGUUCUUUCAUCAGUUUGUGGUGCCGGUCAUUUCGGAAGUGCGCAAAGAUUGCACCUAUGGUCAGCUUGCAGGAAUGGUUUUGCCAAAGGAAGGAGUUAAAGGACUCCGCACUUGUGAGUUCACAAUGGAACGAGGAGCAGUGCACGCUUGCCAUGCCGGUGGCAUGAUCCACACACUGGAGGGCUGGACUCAUCACGAAGUGGGUUCCAUAGACGUAAGCCGCAUCGACGUUGUGUGGGAGGCAGCCAUGCGUCAUGGAUUCGCUCCUAUUGGAUCGUAGUCAGAUCUGCAUCAGAAGUCAGGAUUUCGAUAAAGCUGAGACAUACUCUUUUCAUUAAUGAUGCACUUGGACCGUAUGUCAAAUGAACAACUUUUUUUGUAUUUUCUGACAACAAUGUCAGGUUUACAUACUGUUUUUCAAUUGACAUAUAUGUCGAAGUUGUGAAAAAUAAACGAAGGCAUUGGAAAAAGUUUCUUUGUCGCUUAGUUUUCUUUUUAUUUAACUACAUUUGAAUAUUAAAGCAGUUACAAUAAGCUUAACCCGGUCGGGUUGUGUACACAUCCGCUUAUUCUCUUAACUCAUUUUCAGUAAAAAAAAACACACUCUUCGUGAAUGUCAAAA